CUCUCUCAGGAGACUAUCAACAUGGUGAUGUUGACCAUUCUUCUGCUGGUCAGUGCUGCCUUUGCACUGGGUGAUACCCUAACACUGGACGAAGCAAAUGCUAUGAUGGAAUCUGCAGCAGAUAAAAAAAGCCCCACAGACUGGUUCCAGUUUAAUUCACGCUGCUUCAUGUUUGUUGAGACUGCAAGGACAUGGCCUGAAGCAGAGCGCCACUGUAUGUUCCUUGGAGCAAACCUGGCGUCUGUGCACAGCUCUGUGGAGUCCCAAUUUCUACAGGCGGUGGUGUUGAUCAAGACUGGCGAUUUCCCUCUGACCUGGAUUGGAGGAUAUGAUGCUGUUCAGGCAAAUGUGGAAAAGGACAGGCUAUGGUUCUGGAGUGACGGAUCCAAAUUUGAUCACGAGAACUGGGCGAAAGACGAGCCCAAUAACUAUCAGGGUGCCAGAGAGCCAUGUGUUCAGAUGAACUUUGGAGAUAAACAUGCCUGGAAUGAUGAAUUAUGUGGAAGGAGAUAUCCCUCGGUAUGCUCCAUAAGAAAUUGUUCAAACUAUCAAUGA